CGACAUAUGAAAACGAACCCGAGUCCGCAAGGGCUACCCCUGCUCUGGUAGGUCCUUCAACACGUCGCGGAGUCAUACUCACAUGCCGGCAAAGUUUCGAGAAAACAUAUUCGAAAAGGAAUAUGCACACACCCUCCUCGCGUUUGAUGGAACGCCCGAGGCACCCGGAAUAGCAUUGGGCAUGGCACUAUAUUUCUUCAAUUUCUCAACAUGGACCGGCAAGCCUGGCCUCUUCGUGCGUCCAAAAUUUGAUUUAACUACGCCCCACCGCGACGCUGCCUAUUUGCUAAUAUUUCACGUACAGCUUGAGGACCUGUAUGUAUCCCCGGAUGCGAGAAAUCAGGGUGUUGGCAAAGCCCUUUUCGCGGAGCUGGGUAAGGUAGCACAGGAGAAGGACUGCGCACGCCUUGAUUGGUCGGUACUCAAGUGGAACACUCCAUCGAUCGCAUUCUAUGAGAAAGCUUUGGAGGCCAAACCAAUGGAAGAAUGGAUGGGUAUGCGGCUGGAGGAACAGGGGAUCGAGAAUUUGAAGAAGCUUGCCGACCACACGGCCCGAAAGACUUGAGAAACAGGGUCUUCUGUAUCCUGGUCAAGCACUGACAUAGGCACCGUUGCGCAAUGCGAUGUCAGGGUGUCCCUGUGACGCACGAACACCAAAAGACUAUCGGGCCUCGGGCACAAUGGAUGCGCAAUACAAGUGGUAAAUGAGUCAUAUAUUAAUCCGACGGCACACAAGGCGCACGAGUGCAGGGCCAGUAAAUUGAGAGCACGACUUUGUGUGAUGUAAGCUACACCCCGUCGUAACUAGCCCCACCAGCCU